AUGGCCAGCUUUACAAGUAACGCUGAACAGGGCAUCAAAUUGAGACAAAUGAAGCAUGGAGCGACUGAAGCUGGGCUCUCAAAAUGCAAAAUACCGGUCCACGUAUACAUCGGCCGAAUGUCGACUGCAGAAAAUGGAGAUACGAACACUUCGUUUGGACAGACUUUGCGCAACGCAAUUCCGCCACACGAACCACUUUUGCAGAAUCGGGCUUCCAAGCAGCAGUUCGAAAGAGAUUGCCUUGGCAACAGCGUCAGCAUGCAUGUUCCAGUAGAGACAAUCGACAGCUGGUCAAGAGGAGUUCGCCUCCGUCUUCUGGAGGACUCGAACUUGGAAUGUUUUCACCAAACACUUUCACUCGAAAGGAAAAAAAGGCAACAACUCACUGGACACGAGGUACAGUUUGCAAGUACGUCAUUUCGCGUCGGCUCGUGGGACCGAAGCGGACCUGCUUCUUCUGCAGGUGCUCUACCCGAAUCCCGUGCCCUCGGUCGCGGAGACGAUGGUGAAACCAGCGACUUUUGGAUGGUCAAAACAGACUGUCGACUGCUCUGCAUUUACCAAUUAAUUAAACCAUAA